AUGAAAUUAUUCGCAAUUUUGGGUGUACUCACUGCCGGCGUUAUGGCUGUCAGUGCCAUCGGUGGUGGUCUGGGUGGUGGCGUUGGAAUCGCAGGAUCCAGUGCUUCAGCAUCGGCCCAAUCGAAAUCGUUUGGUGGUGGUCUCGGAGGCGGCUUAGGCGGUUUGGGUGGUGGCCUCGGUGGCGGACUUGGUGGCGGUAAAAGCUUUGCUAAUGCUGGCGCAUCUUCUGGUGCCUUGGGAGGCGGUCUUGGUGGCGGUCUCGGCGGUGGUUUGGGUGGAGGCCUUGGUGGCGGCAAAGGCUUUGCUAAUGCCGGCGCUUCUUCUGGUGCCUAUGGAGGUGGUCUUGGCGGUGGUCUCGGAGGAUUGGGUGGUGGUCUCGGUGGUGGCCUUGGUGGCGGCAAAGGCUUUGCUAAUGCUGGCGCUUCUUCUGGUGCCUAUGGAGGCGGUCUUGGUGGUGGUCUCGGAGGAUUGGGUGGUGGUCUCGGUGGUGGCCUUGGUGGCGGUAAAAGCUUUGCUAAUGCUGGCGCUUCUUCUGGUGCCUAUGGAGGUGGUCUUGGCGGUGGUCUUGGAGGUUUGGGUGGUGGCCUUGGUGGCGGUAAAAGCUUUGCUAGUGCUGGCGCUUCUUCUGGUGCCAUCGGAGGCGGUAAAGGCUUUAGAGGUUAA